CGACACCCCCGACGCUCCCGCUCACCCGCCAUCAUGCCGACCAACUCCAUUGAGGGCGCGCUUGCCAAAGUCCGUCGCGCGUCCGACUUCCGUCCCAUCAUCGCGUCUCUACUACGCGCAAUACCCCAAGUCCCUCAAGGCAUCGCGAGAAGACCGACCUCAAACGUAUUUCUCCGCCUCGCCAAGUACCUCACGGUCAUAAUCUUCCUCGUCAACCUCAAGUCGCUGCCUUUCGGAUGGCACAUCCGUAUCUUCCUACCGGUGUUCCAGAAGCGAUUCGAGUACCUCGCACUUCGCACGCGUCUCGCUGUCAAGUUCUCUUCGAAAGCCGAGACUAUUCGUAGUCUCUCCAACUGGGCGGAGGGCCAAUGUCCCGUGGGCCGAAGUCCGUUCGAAUUCAAGACUGUAUGGAAGUCUUUUGCGACACUGGACGAGGGAGACUUCUAUAUGCAUCUUAGUAACUCGAGCUACGCAAAGAUCCUCGACGCUGGGCGAUUCGUAGUCGCUAUGAAGGCGUUCUUCUCGUUCGCGCGCUGCGGUGGAUGGAUAGCUCUUGGAUCCACCCACUUUCACUUCAUCCGCGAGAUACCAAUGCUUUCUCGGUAUGAGGUGCGCAGCAACAUCGGGGCCUGGGACCACAAAUGGAUGUACAUGGUCUCGCGCUUCGUAUCUCGAACGCCACCUGGCAAGAAAAAGACCUUGAAUCCUGCGAUUUCGACCGAAGCAACCACUCCCGCCGUGAGCGCCACCCCUCGCGUAGCCGUGAGCCAUCCGUCCAACUCCGACGGGAUCAACUCGCCAGGCGCCAACGAUCACGGAUCUGCUUCAAACCCUGAACAGGUCGCGGCUCUCCUCGCGGCCAGGGCGGGAGACGAUCUCGAAGACGGCAUGACGCUUCACUGCGUCUCCGUCUCGUGGAUAUGCUUCAAGCACGGCCGUAUCACGGUCCCUCCGCCGGUUCUACUUGCAUGCGAGGGCUUCAGCCGCAGUUCGCCGAGUGGGGCAGCUUACUCGCCAUCGAACCCACCCCCUCACAUGGACCGCGUACUCGCUCUCCGCGCGCCGACGCAUGGAGGGAGCCCGAAGGCGUUCGUAAAGUUCCAGAGUGGCGGGUGGAGAGAUGUCCCCGAGGGCGAGAGGUGGUGGGAGGAUGCCCUUGGUGGGGAAGUCGAGGCGCUGCGUGUGCAGAAUCUGAAGCUUCUGGACGACUUGAGGCACGGGAUGGAAGGCGCUCGUCAAUGCUAAGUUUUAGAUAUAUAGACCAGGGUGUAAUACCAUUAGAAUAAUACAGCUUGGUUUUAUU